AUGCAUAAUAUUAUUUCCGAAAUUGCUUAUAGCGACUUUAGGACCUUUAUUUGGAAGACUCAUGGUAGUGGUUGUGGAGGUAGUGAAUGUGAUGGUGUAAGUGGUGGAGUUGGAUGUGGAAGUGGAGGUGGUAGUGGUGGAGGAGGUGGUGGUGGUGGUGGCGAUGGCGAUGGCAGUGGUUGUGGAGGUCCAUUUGAUGUACCUAUGCCAGUAAUUAUACUAGCAAUUACGACCCCGAUCAUAAUACUAGUUGCACCUGUGGUAACUGCUGAAGAUGAGACCAACAAUAAUCAAGCUAUGGCUGUGGAGGUGCCUGCUAUUAUUCCUCCACCAAGGUAUCAAGCUCAGAGACAUGGUGAAGCAGCUUUGCCACCAGAGCCAUCAAGGAGAAAUGUGAAUGCUGAGAGAUGGAGGCAACCCCUUGCUUUUAAUACUCAUAUUGCCAACAACAAUGGCAAUAUUAGAGGCAAUGACAGAGGUAGAGGGAAUAACGUGCAACAACCUGAACCAAUCCAAGAUUCUGAUGAUGAGAUGGAAGAAAUACCUAUUCAUCCACCUGUUUUUGCAGUAGCAGCUCCAGUUUCUUGA